GUUCAGAAAAUGAAGCAGGGAAAUCUCCUGAUACAAGUGUUCUUAUUGGCUUAUUGCUUCGGCUCUGUUUGUGUGAUAAACGCAGAGGACCCUUAUCGUUUCUUCACGUGGACUGUUACUUAUGGAACAAGAUCUCCUUUAGGUGUUCCACAACAGGUUAUUCUUAUCAAUGGCCAGUUCCCUGGUCCUCCAAUUGAAGGUGUAACAAACGAUAACAUCCUUGUUAAUCUAAUUAACAAGAUCGAUGAACCUUUACUCAUCACCUGGAACGGAAUAAAACAGAGGAGGAUGUCAUGGCAAGACGGAGUUUUGGGCACAAGCUGCCCAAUCCAACCAAACUCGAAUUGGACUUACCAUUUCCAGCUUAAGGACCAAAUCGGAACUUAUACGUACUUUGCGUCUACGUCGAUGCACAGAGCAAGUGGUGCUUUUGGUGCACUCAAUGUUAACCAGAGAUCAGUCAUCUUUGUUCCUUACCAUAAACCUGACGGUGACUUCACUCUCCUCGUCAGUGAUUGGUACAAGAUGGGCCAUAAGGCGCUACGAAAGAGGCUCGACUCUGGUCGUGCUCUUCCUCUUCCGGAUGGUCUUCUGAUAAAUGGUGCUUCUAAAGGUUUAGCCUUUACGGGUGAACAUGGUAAAUUAUCAUCAUUACCCACGAUCCUUUUAAGACUUGAUUCUUUGGUUCUCUAUUUAUGUCAUGCUUCUUGCUUUUCUACAGGCAAAUUUUACAGGUUUCGGAUAUCUAAUGUUGGAAUAUCGACAUCGAUUAACUUUAGGAUACAAGGACACAUGAUGACUCUCGUCGAAGUAGAAGGCUCUCACACUCUGGAAGAGGUCUAUGAGUCACUUGAUGUACACGUUGGUCAGUCCUUGACCGUUCUGGUCACAUUGAAGGCUCCGGUGAAAGACUAUUUCAUAGUGGCUUCAACCCGGUUUACCAAACCGGUAUUGACCACCUCAGCUAUCCUACAUUACAAAGGUUCAAAAACCAGACCAUCUCGCCCCCUCCCCAUUGGUCCUACUUACCAUAUCCACUGGUCCAUGAAACAAGCAAGAACUAUCAGGUUAAAUUUGACGGCUAAUGCAGCAAGGCCUAACCCACAGGGAGCGUUUCACUAUGGUACCAUACCGAUAAGUCAAACUUUGGUUCUAGCUAACGCGAGAACAAAGAUCAACGGGAAACUCCGGUACACAGUGAACCGUGUGUCAUACGUUAACCCAACAACUCCAUUAAAAUUAGCCGACUGGUACAAUAUUCCUGGAGUGUUCGAUUUCAAGACCAUUAAGAACAUUCCUACACCAGGACCAUCUAUUCUCGGAACCUCGGUUUUAGACUUUGCUCUUCAUGAGUAUGUUGAGUUCGUGUUCCAGAACAACGAGAGAUCGAUCCAGUCUUGGCACAUUGAUGGCACUAAUGCUUAUGUUGUUGGAUACGGGACAGGCACAUGGAACGUGGCCAUGAGGAAACGUUACAAUUACGUUGAUGCGGUUUCAAGGCAUACUUUUCAGGUAUAUCCAAUGUCCUGGACGAGCGUACUGGCAUCAUUGGACAAUAAAGGCAUGUGGAAUGUGAGGUCACAAAUAUGGUCAAGAAGAUAUUUAGGACAAGAACUCUAUGUUCGUGUCUGGAACAACGAGAGAUCUCUUUACACUGAAGCCGAACCGCCUCUUAACGCUCUCUAUUGUGGAAAAGCCAAACGUCCCGUUUGAUUUAAAUAAAAUUAUCGUUUUUUUGUUUUGCUUUUCUUUUUUCUUUUCGUAUAAGUAUAUUUGAGGUUAUUAUUAAUUAUACCACGAGGGUGUGUGACGUUUAUAUAUAGCAGCCACUUCUUUCAGUUUCA